AUGUGUAUCAAGGUCAUCCGGUGGUUCUUUUGCCCCGUCAUAGCCCCCGACCCCCUUCCACAAGUUAUCCCAAGACCAUAUCCCGCAGACCCAUUCAAGCCAUGGAUUCACUGGCAGCCGGAAGAGCCAGUUCCUCCGGAACAGCUACAACAUCUGCAUACAGUAUACCAAGGCUAUUACCAUGUUCGCCAUAGACGCGAGCAUUGGAUUCGAUGCGCCCGAAUUGAAGUAAACGACUGUCUGGCACGGCCUGUUGAGAUCCGAACCGAGCUCUACAACAUUGCUUGUCCUAGCUGCACUGGGGACCACGACUCCGCCAUGUCUGCAGAACCUUUUGUUGCUCACUCUGAUGAAACAAAUUAUGACAUGAAUGACCCAGCCAGCAUGCGGCCUGUCCACCAAUAUCUGGAGGAAAUCAUGUUGCUUGUACGCGCAUUCUUCAAGAUGGAGGUGAGGAGAGAUGCCCUGGACGAAGUAUCGUGGACGCAAUUCUUGCGUGGUCUAAACUGUACCCACGACCCAACCCACAUUCAGCGAGAUCAUCCCGAUCGAGUUGGUAACGAUGAUUGUUUACAAAAUUGUCCUUGUUCUUUCGAUCCUGGAGCCCACAACUUGACGCGUGCGGCUCGCAACCAUGAGGCUCAUUCCAUGAGAACCAGAAAUCCCAGGCAUUGGUUUGUCAUGUCUGCCGUGGACAAAAAGUUAGUAGAGUGGAAGACUCAGCGUUUCGCCCAUCUUCCCAACCAGUUGGCACUGAACCGGGAUGACCAAAUGGUGCAGAGGCAUGACUAUAUGAUGGGGCGUAUCAACGAGCAACUAUCGGCGCUUCUGCACUUGGAAUACAACCCGGACCUUGCGACUUCAAAAACUCCCUUCAUUCAGAAUUUGGACGAGUGGCGAAGGCGUGUUCGUGCACGUGAAGCGACAUGCGUGAUGCUCGUCCGGUAUGCUGCUAGUGAUCCCGGCAUUAACCUCAAGUUUGCAGAAUCAAUCAUGAAGAUUAUUCUGCCUGCUCUUGCCCCAGGACUUGAUUCUAACGACCCCAGAGUUGCAAAUCUGUUCUGCAACACCCCUGCACAAGAGGGAGGAAAUUUACUCGACCUUGUGGAAUUCAGCGAUCAGCUUUAUCCCAAUUUUUUACUAUCUCGAUUGAGGUAUCUUUGUAUGAGACACCAGCUACACCUUUUCGAAGUGCUGGUGCGAAACCGCCGCAUUACUUCCACAAAUAUUCUCGGCAGGCAGAGGGUGGCUCAGAGUGUUAUUUCAACAAACACAAUUCCUGGCAGCAACCUUCUUCGGACCGGCGAAGUGGCGGAUCAAAACUGCACCAUCUGUGGUGACGAUUUUGAUACAAAGGCCUCUGCAGGCAGCGUGAUCCCUCAUCAUCUCGCUGUCAUGCAACUUCCCUGUUGCCGGCAAUUUAUACACGCAAGAUGCUUCAAGGGGAUAGCAGCCCUUCAGAGGCAGGCAUGUCCAUUCUGUAACGCGGAUCUUGCUACCAUGGGCAUGGUCUCGGAUGCACAGAAUAACUUGUUUUCAUACCAGAGGCCGCAUGAAGAUCUCCCACGAGGGCUACAUCGCUUUCCAGUCCCGAAUGAGCAACUCCAGGCUGCGUUGGGUCACCCGGGUGGUAUAAGAAUCAUACGGCGUUUGAACCGGGUCAUAGAAGCAGAGGAGGGUUUGCGGCCGGGACAUCUUGGCAACACCUAUAGGGAUUGGCCUUUACCUCCGCUUCCAGUUCCCGCAGAUGACGACCAAGGCAAUGAUGGCGACAACCAGGGCAAUAAUGGUAACAAUCAAGGCAACGCGGGUAAUAACUAA